AUGGCGUUUGUCAAGGUGCUGAAGAAUGCUGCCUACUUCAAGAGGUUCCAAGUGCAACGCCGUCGCCGGCGUGAAGGUAAGACCGACUACCAUGCCCGCCGCAAGAUGGUUCGCCAGGACAAGAACAAGUUCAACAACCGGAAGUACAGACUGAUCGUUCGGUUCACCAACAGGCGCGUCAUUUGCCAGUGUGCCUAUGCUACUUUGCGCGGUGAUGUGGUUGUGGCCGCAGCCUCAUCCAAUGAGCUUGCUCAAUUUGGAAUCCCUGCUGGACACAAGAACUAUGCAGCUGCUUAUGCCACCGGCCUUCUGUUGGCACGCCGAGUGUUGAAGAAGUUUGGCCUGGAGGAGAAGUUCAAGGGCAAGGAGGAAAUUGAUGGUGAAGAGUACCAUGUUGAGGAUGAAGACACCGAGCAACGCCCUUUCAAGUGCAUCUUGGAUGUUGGCAUUCGCCGUACCUGUGUCGGGCACCGCAUGUGGGGUGCUUUGAAGGGUGCAGUGGAUGGUGGCCUGUACGUUCCCCACAAGAACAAAAACUUCCCAGGCUACAAGGCACCGGACGAGAAGGGUGGUGAGGCCGAGUACGAUGCAGAAGCCCACAAAGAGAAGAUCUUCGGAAGCCAUGUGAAAGAGUACAUGGAGAUGCUGCAGGAGGAGGAUCCCACCAAGUACGAGGCACACUUUGCAAAGUACAUUGAGGCUGGCAUCGAGCCAGACAAGAUGGAGGACAUGUACACAGAGGCGCAUGAGAAGAUUCGGGAGGACCCAACCGGCGAACCUGCGGAGAAGAAGGACAUCAGCUACGAACGGGAUGGCGAUACCAUGAAGGCAUCAGAUGGAACGGAGCACACUCGAUGCCACAAGAUUACGUUGGAGCAGCGCCGUGAGAAGGUGUCGGCCAAGAUUGCAGCAGCACAGGCCAAGAUGAUGGAAGAGUGA